AUGCAGCACAUUUUUGCCUUCUUCUGCACCAGUUUCCUAGGGGCAGUGUUGGGGGUCAAUUUCCCCAGCAACAUCCAGAUAGGGGGAUUAUUUCCUACUCAACAAUCCCAGGAACAUGCGGCUUUUAUGUCUGCACUGUCUCAGUUCACAGAGCCCCCCAAGCUGUCUCCCCAGAUUGACAUUGUGAAUAUUAGUGACAGCUUUGAAAUGACCUACACCUUCUGUUCACAGUUCUCCAAGGGUGUCUAUGCUAUUUUUGGCUUUUAUGAGAGAAGGACUGUCAACAUGCUCACAUCCUUUUGUGGGGCUCUCCACCUCUGUUUCAUAACGCCCAGCUUCCCUGUCGACACUUCCAACCAAUUUGUUCUUCAGCUGCGCCCUGAACUGCAGGACGCCCUCAUCAGUGUUAUAGAAUAUCACAAGUGCCAGAAAUUUAUGUACAUUUAUGAUGCUGACCGGGGUUUGUCAGUCCUUCAAAAAGUGUUGGAUACAGCUGCAGAGAAAAACUGGCAGGUGACAGCUGUCAAUGUCAUGACAACAACAGAAGAGGAUUACAAGUCACUCUUCCAAAAUCUGGAGAAGAAGAAGGAGCGGGUAGUAGUGGUGGACUGUGAAACAGACCGACUGAAUGCUAUCUUGAACAAGAUCGUUAAGCUUGGAAAAAAUGGGGUAGGAUAUCACUACAUUCUUGCAACACUGGGUUUCAUGGAUAUUGACCUAUCAAAAUUCAGGAACAGUGGAGCAAAUGUGACUGGAUUCCAGCUGGUAAAUGAGACAGACACUAUUCCAGCCAGGAUCAUGCAACAGUGGAAGAACAAUGAUGCCAGGGAACAUCCUCAUGUUGACUGGAAGGGGCCAAAGUACACAUCUGCCCUUACAUAUGAUGGAGUCAGGGUAAUGGCAGAAGCUUUCCAGAGUCUCAGGAAACAACGAAUUGACAUCUCCCGUCGAGGGAAUGCUGGAGAUUGUCUUGCAAAUCCAGCUGUUCCUUGGGGACAAGGAAUUGACAUUCAGAGAGCUCUACAGCAGGUGCGCUUUGAAGGAUUGACGGGUAAUGUUCAGUUUAAUGAGAAAGGACAUCGGACAAAUUACACCCUUCACGUGAUGGAAAUGAAACCUGAUAAGAAUAGGAAGAUUGGUUAUUGGAAUGAAGAUGAAAAAUUUGUCCCAACAGCCGUAGAUCAACAAGGAGCAAAUGAAACCACUAAUCUCCAAAAUAGGACCUACAUAGUCACAACAAUUCUAGAAGCCCCAUAUGUGAUGCAUAAGAAGAGCUAUGAGCAGUUGGAAGGAAAUGAAAGGUAUGAAGGAUAUUGCGUAGAGUUGGCUGCUGAGAUCGCAAAACAUGUUGGCUACCAAUACAGGUUGCAAAUUGUUAGCGACGGGAAGUAUGGAGCCCGAGAUCCUGAGUCUAAAUUAUGGAAUGGCAUGGUCGGGGAGUUAGUAUAUGGAAAUGCUGAUGUAGCUGUUGCACCAUUGACUAUCACGCUUGUGCGAGAGGAAGUUAUAGACUUUUCCAAACCAUUUAUGAGCCUGGGCAUCUCUAUCAUGAUUAAAAAACCUCAAAAGUCCAAGCCGGGGGUCUUUUCCUUUCUGGAUCCACUAGCUUAUGAGAUUUGGAUGUGCAUUGUUUUUGCCUACAUUGGAGUGAGUGUUGUCCUUUUUCUGGUCAGUCGCUUCAGCCCUUAUGAGUGGCACAAUGAGGAGCUGGAAGAAGGACGUGACCAGCCAGCCAAUGACCAAACAAACGAAUUUGGGAUAUUUAACAGUCUCUGGUUCUCCUUGGGAGCUUUUAUGCAACAAGGGUGUGAUAUAUCUCCAAGAUCCCUGUCUGGACGUAUUGUUGGUGGAGUCUGGUGGUUUUUCACCUUGAUCAUCAUUUCUUCUUACACAGCCAAUUUAGCUGCAUUCUUGACCGUGGAGAGGAUGGUGUCUCCUAUAGAAAGUGCAGAAGAUUUGGCCAAGCAAACAGAGAUUAGUUAUGGAACUCUGGAUGCUGGUUCUACUAAAGAAUUUUUUAGGAGAUCUAAAAUAGCGGUUUUUGAGAAGAUGUGGACGUACAUGAAGUCAGCUGAGCCCUCUGUUUUCGUGCCGACAACAGAAGAGGGGAUGAAACGUGUGAGGAGAUCGAAAGGGAAGUAUGCCUACCUGCUAGAGUCUACCAUGAAUGAGUACAUUGAGCAGAGAAAGCCAUGUGACACCAUGAAGGUGGGAGGUAACUUGGAUUCCAAAGGCUAUGGCAUUGCAACCCCAAAAGGUUCACUACUAAGAAACCCAGUAAACCUGGCAGUGUUAAAACUGAACGAGCAGGGGCUUUUGGACAAAUUGAAAAACAAAUGGUGGUACGACAAGGGCGAGUGCGGCAGCGGGGGAGGUGACUCCAAGGACAAAACAAGUGCUUUGAGCCUCAGCAAUGUGGCCGGUGUUUUCUACAUCCUCAUCGGUGGGCUUGGACUAGCAAUGCUGGUUGCCUUAAUCGAGUUUUGUUACAAGUCCAGAAGUGAAUCAAAACGGAUGAAGGGUUUUUGUUUGAUCCCACAGCAAUCUAUCAAUGAAGCCAUACGGACAUCAACUCUUCCUCGAGCAUCUGCAGCAGGAACCAGCAGUGGAGAAAACGGACGGGUGGUGAGCCACGAUUUCCCUAAAACCAUGCAGGAGAUUCCGUGCAUGGGUCACAGCUCUGGGAUGUCCCUGGGAGCAACGGGAUUAUAA